AUGAAAAACCAAUCCUCUCUCUCUGAAUUUCUUCUCCUUGAAUUCUCAGCAAUCCGGGAACUGCAGAUUCUGCACUUCUUUUCGUUCUUGGUAUUGUACCUAGCAAUUGUAUCAGGGAACCUUCUCAUCAUCUCUGCUGUAGUUUUUGACCAUCACCUGCACACUCCUAUGUACUUCUUUCUGAUGAACCUGGCCAUGCAGAACAUAGGCUCUGUUUCAGUCAUUAUUCCCAAAUCAAUCAUCAAUUCACUCAUGAAUAUCAGACAUAUUUCUUAUUCUGGAUGUGUUGCUCAAGUUCUUUUGUUUAUCUUCGUUGUAACAUCUGAUGUUGCCUUCCUUACAGUAAUGGCUUGUGAUCGGUAUGUUGCCAUUUGCAAUCCACUGCAUUAUGAAGUGAUAAUGAGCAGAAGAACCUGCGACCGCAUGGCUGCCAGAGCAUGGAUCAGCACCUUUCUCUAUGCAGUGUUGCACACUUGUGGAACCUUUGCCAUCCCUUUCUGCUCCAACGUUAUUGAUCAGUUCUUCUGUGAAGUCCCUCAGUUACUCAAGCUUGCCUGCUCUGAUUUAUACCUUUAUGAAAAUGGAAUUGUUGCAUUUGGUGCUAUGAUUGGGUUUGGCUGCUUUACCUUAAUCAUGGUAAGCUAUGCAAAGAUUUUCAGUGCUGUUAGGAAAAUCCCUACAGUACAGGGAAGGAAGAAGGCUUUCUCCACUUGCCUACCCCACCUCAUUGUCCUUUUCUUAUUUAUAUUUACUGCAUGGCCUCCUUAUCUAAAGCCUUCCCCUAACAUGCCCUCAUAUAUAAAUUUAGCCAUUACUAUGUUAUAUUCUGUGGUCCCACCCUUAAUAAACCCAGUAAUCUACAGCAUGAGAAACAAAGAGAUGAAAAAUGCUUUGUCAAAGUUAUUAGGUCUGAAGUAG